AUGAAGCAAAAUAACAGUGUAACUGAGUUCAUACUGUUAGGAUUGACACAGGAUCAUAAAAAGCAGAAAAUGGUGUUUGCAAUCUUCUUCAUUUUCUAUUUGGGAACUGUGCUGGGGAAUUUGCUUAUUAUUGUAACCAUCAAGUUCAGCCAGACACUUGGAAGCCCCAUGUACUUCUUCCUAUUUUAUUUGUCCUUAGUUGAUACCUGCUUUUCAACGUCCACAGCCCCUAGACUAAUUGUAGAUGCUCUCUCUGCAAAGAAAAUCAUUUCUUACAAUGAGUGCAUGACUCAAAUCUUUGCACUGCAUUUAUUUGGCGCCAUGGAGAUCUUUGUCCUUGUCCUCAUGGCCGUUGAUCGCUAUGCGGCAAUCUGUAAGCCCUUGCACUAUCCAAUCAUCAUGAACCGGCAGGUCUGCAUCAUCCUGAUUGUUCUUGCAUGGAUAGGGUCUUUUAUACAUUCUAUAGCUCAGAUUGUCCUGGCCUUGAGAUUGCCUUUCUGUGGAUCCAAUUUGAUUGAUCAUUAUUGCUGUGAUAUGCAGCCUUUGUUGAAACUAGCCUGCAUAGAUAUUUAUGUGAUCAACCUAUUAGUGGUGUCUAAUA